AUGUGUUGUAACGCAUCAGGACAGCCCACUAACUAUUCUCCGAUAGACAAGAAGUGCCCUUUCACCGGUCUCGUCUCCAUUCGUGGUCGUAUCCUGACCGGCACCGUCGUUUCCACCAAGAUGCACCGAACUCUGAUUAUCCGAAGAGAGUACCUUCACUUCAUCCCCAAGUACUCUCGUUACGAGAAGCGCCACAAGAACCUCGCCGCCCACGUUUCCCCCGCUUUCCGUGUUGAGGAGGGUGAUCAGGUUACCGUUGGCCAGUGCCGACCUCUUUCUAAGACUGUUCGUUUCAACGUCCUGCGUGUUCUGCCCCGAACUGGCAAGGCGGUUAAGAAAUUCAGCAAGUUCUAA